AUGUCUGAAGCUACCGCACAACAUACGCAGACCGUGCCGAAUGGGAAGGCCCCAGAGGCCGAGCGCGAACCCCAGCAUCAACAGCAAGAAGCUGGCCCUGAAGCCUCUGGUGUCGGCUUUCGUCCUCACCAUGACCUCAUUAGUGUCCAGCCCGCCCGUCUAGAUGAUUUGCAGCCCAGAUACGCGCAGGUACUUCUGCCCGAUGAAGAAAACCCUGCUGCUCAUAGUUGGUACUCUGGCUUCAUUGAUCCUGGCCUUGUAAAGGUCAACCCUCUCAGCGAGAACCUGACAACUAUUGACGUCAAGAUCCAAAUCGUGGAGGUGCCGCGUCAAGUCUGCAUGACCAAGGAUAACGUUACCCUCCACUUGACUUCUGUCAUCUACUAUCAAAUUGUCUCUCCACAUAAGGCUGCUUUUGGUAUUACUGAUAUCCGUCAGGCAUUGGUUGAGAGAACUCAAACUACUCUGCGCCAUGUCGUCGGUGCCCGUGUGUUGCAAGACGUUAUUGAACGUCGCGAAGAAUUAGCCCAGUCUAUCGGAGAAAUCAUUGAAGGUGUUGCUGGUGGAUGGGGUGUCCAGGUUGAGUCCAUGUUGAUCAAAGACAUCAUCUUCAGCAAUGAACUUCAGGAGUCUCUAUCGAUGGCUGCUCAGUCCAAGAGAAUUGGUGAAAGUAAAAUCAUUGCUGCGCGUGCGGAAGUUGAGGCUGCCAAGCUUAUGAGAGCUGCAGCCGAUAUUUUGUCUUCUGCCCCAGCAAUGCAGAUCCGAUAUCUCGAUACUAUGCAGGCAAUGGCCAAGAGUUUACUAAUUUUUACCGCUCAGUCGAACUCCAAAGUUAUUUUCCUCCCUGCUGCCAACAACCAGGCCGCCAUGCAAGCUGCCCUUGCGAAUGAGACUGGAGAAGGGUCCAGCCGCCGUCACGAAAACCCUUUUGACCAGGACGGAAACGACGGUUUCCAGACUGCCAUGAACGCUCAUGUCGUUGAGAACAUUUGA